AUGACUGACAGUGCAGCCAAUAAGGAUAUUCAACGCCCCGAAAUAUCCACGAGUGAUGGUAAUGAGACAAACGAUGAAAAGUCCAUUUCAUUUGAGGAGUUUAGAACUAUGUACGAGUCGUACAGGAGGGAAAUUUUCAUGAAAUAUAAAAAUUCCAAGGACAGCAAAGUGGCAUCUAGCAAGAGCGCUGCCGCGGCAGCAACAGCCGCGUUGCCGACCGCGGCCCAUUCGACUACGGCCCCGUUACCGACUGCCGAUCCCUCAGCUGAACCUCGGCGGUUUGUUCACGGGAUUGAGGCCAGCCAUAACGGCGACAGUCGAAAUGUGGACUUUGUUGGUCUUGCUUACCGCGCAGUGGAUGCUGUAUGGGGCUGGAUGACGCACGACUGGACUAUUUAUCUUCGUGUGGGCGUAGCCACUCUCAUGUUGUAUGGUAGCCUGUCUAUAGUCGGGUAUCUAUCUGUUUUCGCCUUUUACGUAGUCUUUUCCUUGCUGAAUUAUCUCUUUCAAUCGUUCCACAUCCGGUCUCACGAGCAAAGUGCCAACCUCGAAGUCUCUUCACCAACUGUGUUGGGAAAAUUUUUUAUUGGGAAUUCGCCUUCGACUCGCGUGCUGCCGUUACAUGUGCGUUUUGCUUACAUAGUAGUGAAGAGCAUUGAGGCCUUCAUCAUCAGCGUGUCACCAAGUUACUCUUUGGAGAAGUUGGAGAAGGGGUUACAACGCGAUGGUAUCGUACGUACCAGGCAAAGAUGGAAUGAGGGGGGGGACGUAAGGUAG